AUGCCCCUUCUCUCCAAGGUCGUCACCUUCAGGACCCCCACCAACCGCGCCGCUGCCAUCAAGGCGAACAGAGUUAUCCGAUCCAUCAAGAGCCGAUACCGCGCCCAGGCCUUCCUGUUCCUCGCGUACCACUUCUUCCUCACGUCGCCUAUGCACCUCGACAUCUUCAUCAUGUUCUUCAUCCUCGUCAGCAACUUCAUGAACCGGCAACAGGCCUUUCCCAGCCAAUUGGUCAUCGAGGGGCUCCGCUUUCUGAUCGACGAGAGGAGCGUCUUCAACCUCCUUAUGGAUUUCGAUACCCAAAGUCAGAGCCUCUCGCCAGGCGCUGCAACUCACAACCCCAAUCUCAUCCUUCCAGCAACUUGCGACCCACCAUCUGAACAUAAUCCGCCCAAGCGAGCAGUAUGGAUAGUCUUCGGAGCGACCGGUCACAUGGGACGAUCCCUCGUUCGAGCGAUACUAGCGCACGGCGACCAAUGCACCGCGGUGGGAUGGACCGAAGAGAACACACCUGAACAGAUGGAUAAGUGGAAGAACAGAAACUGCUUGGGUUUACUAUGCGACGUGAGAGUGCGCGAGACAGUGGAUCAGGUCAUCAGGAAGAGCAUCGAAUACUGGGGCCAGGUGGAUGUCAUAGCGAACAGCACCGGCUACGGCGUCAUAGCAGCAUGCGAGGACCAGGACGAGUACGACCUGCGCAAUCAAUUCACCACAAACUUUCUCGGAACGCUACACAUCUUGCAACUCUCCCUCCCCUACUUUCGCUCACAAAACUCCGGUCGAUACCUCAUAUUCUCAUCCACGGCAGGAGCCCUUGGCGUGCCUGGCCUCGGCCCGUACUGUGCGACCAAGUACGCCGUGGAAGGGCUCAUAGAGUCGAUGUUGUACGAAGUCGAUAUCUUCAACAUCAAAGCAACACUGGUUGAGCCUGGACAUGUUCGAUUGGACGAGCCAGAUGACAACAUAUUACCACCCAGCUAUACUUCGAUGCCCGUUCCAGGAACAGGUCCGCCGAAGCCGAAACGUUACGGUCAUUUCUUCGUGAAACCGAACCCCAGCGAGCCCUACUCGGGACUGACAAGCCCCGCGCAACACGCGCGACGGAUGGUACAGUGGCUGAACGACAGACAACCGGUGAGCGCUGUAAAGAGCGCAGAGUUGGUGUGGCAACUGGGUCAUUGCAGCUAUCCUCCGUUGCGCUUGAUUCUGGGUAGCUACGCCGUGGAAAGUAUUCGCGACAGACUGAAGAGUAUCACUGAAGAGAUCGAGGACUGGAAACAUCUUUCGUUCCCUGUUUCAAUGCCUCCGGAGGAAGAGGACGGAAAAGAUAACCUCAAAGAGGAGCAGGAGCAAGACGAUGAACAGAUGCAGGACUGA